AUGCUUUCGCUUAAAUUGGUCUCGUUGCUUUUGGUGGCAGCUAAUUCGUUUGUUCGUGGUGAAACUGAAGAUACAACUUCGUACGACGGAACUACUGUUAUUACCACAACACCGUCUGUUGUUGCAACUACAACUAUUCCUGCAGUAGUAGAUGUAUACGGUGAUGUAUAUAUCUGGACCAACGAAGCCGGAGCUUUGACUUCAACUACAUUAUACGUCACAGUCACAAGAGAAAUUGAUGCUACUGCUACACCUGCUGAACCAUCAACUAACGAUAGUUCAGCAUCUGAACCCACUGAAGAGCCAAGCGCUAGUGCUAAUGCAUCAUCAGGAUCGUCGCAACAAGUCCCUCAAGUUACUAGUGCAGUUCCAGCAACAACUGCUACUUCUACUGCUCCCUUAUCAACUACUUUUGCUACACCACCAUCAUCAUCAUCAUCGUCAGAUGUAUCUGCUGUUGCACCAAAUCGUACCACUAUCUCAACAGACAUUCCCGAUGGAGAUUAUGCAACUAAAACAGUUACUACCGAUACCAUUUUAUCUGAUGGUUCAACCGCCGUUUUGGAAUUGGUUGUCUUGUACACCGCCGUUUGUAAUGCUUAA